UCGCCUCUCUCAGUCGCUCUCUGUUCACCACGGCGGGCGGAGCUAGUCCUGUGUGUGGGUCCCUCCCCUCCGCGAAGUGCUCAGCGUCUCGGCAGUGUCACCAGCAGUGUCACCGACAGUGUCACCCGGGAUGUGCGUGUGAAGUGUCUAGUGCGAGCCAGUGCGUGCGUGUGAGUGACUGAGUGACUCCGUCGACAACAUGGUCACAGAGAUGGUGAUGGACUGCUCCUUGAACCACGACAACAGCAACGGAUCCUCCGCGUCCAACGCGGGCUCCCCACGCCCCCCGACCGCCAGCGAAGGCGCCCCCAAGCCGCCGGCGCCGCUGUCCCCGUCCACGACGUCGCAGGGAGGCGUCGGCGCCGUCGGCGGAGGCCCCCGCCCGGAGGACAUGUACCACCAGCGGUCGCCCAGCCCCCCCGCCAGCCACCAGCAGGCCGCCAUGCACGCCGCCGGUUUCGACGCGUCCGGCCUUGGCCGGCAACACCUCGGCCACCUGCCGGCCUCGGCGCAGCUCAGCCCGCCCUCCAUGAUGCACCCCAGGAUGCACCUCGGGCCGCCCGGCCUCGGCCUCUUCAACUCGCUGGUGCAGCACGCCGGCCACACCAACCCGCUCGAGUUCAUGGCCGCGGCCCAGGCGCAGGCCCAGGCGCAGGCUCAGGCCCACCACGGCCACCAGGGCCCCGCCGGCCACCCCGCCGGCCACCCGGGCCACCCGCCCCGGUCGUACAACAGCCCGCCGCCCAUCUCCAGCUCGGACCCCACGGCCAACGAGUGCAAGCUGGUGACGUACCGCGGCCAGAAGGUGGCCGCCUUCAUGAUCAACGGCGAGACCAUGCUGUGCCUGCCGCAGGCCUUCGAGCUCUUCCUGAAGCACCUGGUGGGCGGGCUGCACACCGUGUACACCAAGCUCAAGCGCCUGGACAUUGUGCCACUCGUGUGCAACGUGGAGCAGGUCCGCAUCCUGAGGGGCCUGGGCGCCAUCCAGCCCGGCGUCAACCGCUGCAAGCUGCUCUCCUGCAAGGACUUCGACACGCUGUACCGCGACUGCACCACGGCCAGGUGCUUGACGUCUCACAGAACCCCAGACAGCAGCCGGCCGGGCAGACCGCCGAAGAGAGUGCCCAUGGGGCUGAGCCUGCCCGCCUCGCUGCAGGGACACCCGCAGCUCAAGAAGCACCGCUUGGAGAACGGCGACUUCGCGCCCUUCGAGAACGGACCCAUGGGAGAGUCCCGCAUGGAGAAGUCACCGCUGCUGUCCAACGGAUACAACGCACCGCCCACUCACCUGCACCCGAUGCACCAGUUCUACCACCCCAGCCUGCCGCACCCGGUGCUCAAGGGCCAGUCGGCGCCGCUCGAGGCCAUCGCCAGAUCGGGUAUCUGGGAAGACUGUCGCGCGGCGUAUGAGGACAUCGUCAAGCACCUGGAAAGGCUCCGGGACGGCCAGGGCCGCGGCGACGGCGACAUCCGCCAGGGCGCGCUGGGUUCGCUGGGCUCGCUGGGCUCGCUGGGGUCCCAGGGCGAGGACUUCUCCAACGGCCACAGCCCCGUGCUCAACCUGUCCAAGGGCACGGCGGGGUCCGCGGCGUCAGCCGGCUCGCGCGCCUCCGCCGGCUCCCCCGUCGACCACUCGGACAGCGAGGGCGGCGCCUCGGAUAAGGACGACGACGAGGACCUCAACUCGAACCCGGACGAGGACGACGACAACCAGGACACCAAGCCGCCCAGGAGUUCGCCGGGGUCCUCGCCGCCUCCGAUGCCCGCUAACCUGGCGCACCUCACCGUGGGCGUCGGCGUGGCCCCGCUCGCCGGCCUCGGCGCGGGGCUGGGCGCCGGCAUGGCCGCCAAGGCCUCCGUCGGCGGCGACCCCCGCCUCACCUCCACCGAGACCAUCCUCCGCAACAUCGAGGGCCUGCUGCAGGUGGCUGCGGACAACGCCCGCCAGCAGGAGCGGCAAAUCAACAUGGAGAAAGCCGAGCUCAAGAUGGACGUGAUGCGGGAGAGAGAAGUCAAGGAGAGCUUGGAGCGCCAGCUGUUGGACGAGACGAGAACCAGGGUACUCUGCCAGAAGCGGCUAAAGAAGGUGCGCCGGGCGUCGCGGCGACUCCAGGAGCAGCUGGAGCUGGAGAUGAAGCGGCGGUCGCAGCUGGAGGAGGUGCUGCGGACGACGGGCGCCUCCAGCGAGGCCCUGCGCAUCCUCACUGAAAUGAAGGCGUCCUCAUCGGUCAGCACCUCGGAGAUGACGUCACCGCGGUCGUCGCCGGUGGACCGACGGUCCGCGUCGCCCGCCAGCGCGCCCCUGCCGCGGCCGCAGAGCCAGCCGCAGCCGCAGGCCGCACCCGUGCAGAGCCAGGCGCGCUCGGCCGCCUUCUGGCAGAACUACUCAGAAAACCUGGCGCAGGAGCUGGAGAACGAAAGGAAGGCCAAGCAGAAGCAGAAGGAGCAGGCCGUACAGCAGGACCACCGCCUCCUGGCGCAGCACGCGCAGCACGCGCAGCACGCGCAGCACGCGCAGCACGACACGGAAGCGAUAGCCAUGGACCUGGACAGCAAACCCCUCGUGCAGGACCUGAGGUGGCCGACUGAGCACCGAGCGGCGAUUAUCAGUUGAAGAGUGUGUGUACCAGGAAGCCCCCGAUCUCUCGUGUGUUAUAGUGUAGUUUCAUAGAAGCAAAGAAUAUUCAGCUAGAUUUAAAGAGUCGACGCAUAUGAGUGUCCGCGGUGGCGCCGCCUAGCGGCUGGACGCUGAAGCGACGCUGAAGUCAGAGGGGUCCGUCCCCCUUUGACUGCCCAGGCUGUGCGAACGUUAUACGAAGUGAGUGAAUCGUGAUGCAAGAUGUCAUCUCACCGCCUUCUGGACAAAGCCUUCAAUAUCUCAUCGGUUUGUAAGUUGAUUUCUCCAAGGCGGUGCGCUGAUGGAUCAGUCCCUUACGAACCGUUUGGGUCGGCCUGACGGCUUUGAGUGAUGAUGACUGAUGUGGAAGGCAGUGCCAGAACAUUCUCACAAUAGGGAACAGGACGGACCAGAUCCAGCCGCCCCGUUUUGUUUCUGAGACUGUGUGAACGGUUGCACAAGGAAGAUGUUCCGUGUUUGUUUCUGAGGCUUUGGACGCUGUUUUGCCGUGCACGAUUGAAGCAUAGUAGCUUUUGUUGAAGGCUCUUUCUUUCCUCAUUGUGAUUUGUUUUAACUUUAAAAGAAGUAUGUUGAUCUGGCUGCGCGAAGCACGCGGCGUGUUGUUGUUACUCCCAAUUAUCUGUUGUGCUUUUAACAAAUUAUAAACUGUGUUUCGUCUUUUGUUGUUUGUGCUGUAAAUCGGUCUGAUUUCUAGGAAACCCAGCCUUUGAAAACAGUUUGUCUUUGGUUUCGAAACAUCGAAUGUGGAUGAAACAUUGUAUAAAUCUGUAUACUAUCCUGUGUUCCUGUUUUUAGUAUAACUGAGCCCCUUUUUACACUUUAUUGUCCGAGGCAAAUGUCGAUCGGACAAAGUCCAGCCGACGGCACAGUGUUACUCUGUUGGCCGGGAUCUGAAGCAAUCCCUUCCACUUGAUCUCCUGAUCUAAAUGUAGCUCGCGAGUUGCAUUCUUCUAGAUUAUGUGACUGUGACAUGUAAAGCCCUUCUUAAGUUCAAGACUUCGUAGGGUUUUGUAUAUAUUCUAGUCAAUUUACAGUUGUAACUUCAGAAAUUUACCAAUCUUAGUGAACUGUGUUAAACUAUUAUGCAAACGCUUUCCCUCAAAAUUUAUUAUUAUUAUCAUUAUGUAUUUGUAGAGCUAUGGAAGUGUGGAAAGAUAUGUACUAUUAUUACCAUUAUUAAUUAUUAUUACUAUUAUUAUUAUUAAUAAAAGUAAAUUAUUACCCUCA